UUCCCAAGAGUCAAAGUGAACACCGGCACGCUCAUCAUCAGUUCCCCAUCCCCAAAACCUCAUAAACCCUGUCCACCACCACAACCGCCGCCGCCCAAAACCUCAUAAUCCCAACCCUCCACCACAGCCGCCAUCAUUCCCGGGCGCCACCAUGCAAGCAGCUCUGAUAACCCCUUCUCCUCGCGCCAUUCCCACCGGUUCCAUCACGGCCACGAGAACCACAAUUCCCCCUCAUGUGCGCCUCGUGUCUGUCCGAGCAUCGACCGAGGUAGCCCAAUCGCCGCCACCCGCAGUGAAAGAGACCGCCCACAAGCUCAACAAGUACAGCUCUCAUGUCACCGAGCCCAAGUCCCAGGGCGGCUCACAAGCCAUCCUCUAUGGCGUGGGUCUCUCGGAUGAGGACAUGCACAAGCCUCAAAUCGGUAUAUCAUCGGUUUGGUACGAGGGCAACACCUGCAACAUGCAUUUGUUGAAGCUUUCAGAGGCUGUGAAGGAGGGGGUGAGAGAUGCCGGCAUGGUUGGGUUCAGGUUCAACACUGUUGGUGUCAGCGAUGCCAUCUCAAUGGGCACGAGAGGCAUGUGCUAUAGCUUGCAGUCUAGGGAUUUGAUUGCUGAUAGUAUUGAGACGGUCAUGUCUGCUCAGUGGUAUGAUGGAAACAUUUCUAUUCCCGGUUGUGACAAAAAUAUGCCAGGUACAAUAAUGGCAAUGGGACGGCUCAAUCGGCCUAGUAUUAUGGUUUAUGGUGGAGCUAUCAAGCCUGGUCAUUUUCAAGGCCAUACUUACGACAUAAUAUCUGCCUUUCAGGUUUAUGGAGAGUUCGUCAGUGGGUCCAUAACUGAUGAACAGAGGAUGAAUGUUGUCCGAAAUUCAUGCCCAGGAGCAGGAGCUUGUGGUGGAAUGUAUACAGCCAAUACGAUGGCUUCUGCUAUUGAAGUUAUGGGAAUGUCUCUUCCCUUCAGCUCUUCAACACCGGCUGAAGACCCAUUGAAGUUGCAUGAGUGCCAUUUGGCUGGAAAAUAUCUUCUGGAUUUGAUAAAAAUGGACUUAAAACCACGAGAUAUUAUCACUAUGAAGUCACUACGGAAUGCUAUGGUUGUUGUCAUGGCAUUGGGUGGAUCUACCAAUGCUGUAUUACAUUUAAUUGCCAUUGCAAGGUCUGUUGGUCUGCAGUUAACUCUUGAUGAUUUUCAGAAAGUAAGUGAUGAGGUUCCAUUCCUUGCUGAUCUUAAGCCCAGUGGCAAAUACGUCAUGGAGGACAUACACAAGAUCGGAGGAACACCGGCAAUCAUUCGCUUCCUUUUGGAAAAUGGGUUUUUAGAUGGGGAUUGUAUAACAGUUACUGGGAAGACAUUGGCUGAAAAUGCAGAACUUUUUCCUUCUUUGCCCAGAGAUCAGCAAAUAAUAAGACCGUUGGCAAACCCCAUAAAGAAGACUGGACACCUCCAAACUUUAUAUGGAAAUCUUGCACCAGCGGGUUCUGUUGCAAAAAUUACUGGAAAAGAAGGGCUAUAUUUCUCUGGUCCUGCACUUGUCUUUGAAGGUGAGGAAGCUAUGAUUGCAGCUAUAGCAGAGAAUCCUAUGAGCUUUAAGGGGAAAGUAGUUAUUAUUAGAGGAGAGGGACCCAAGGGGGGCCCAGGAAUGCCCGAAAUGUUGACUCCAACAAGCGCAAUAAUGGGAGCAGGUCUUGGGAAGGAUGUUGCUUUGUUGACUGAUGGUAGGUUUUCAGGAGGUUCACAUGGAUAUGUUGUUGGCCACAUAUGUCCUGAAGCACAUGAAGGUGGUCCCAUUGGUCUCAUUGAAAAUGGAGACAUCAUCACGAUUGAUGUCCAAAAAAGGAGAAUGGAUGUCCAACUGACAGAUGAAGAGAUGAAUGAGCGAAGAAAGAAAUGGAGUCCCCCACCAUACAAGGCUAACCAAGGAGUUCUAUACAAGUACAUCAAGAACGUAAAAUCGGCUUCAGAUGGGUGUGUGACGGAUGAAUAAUGAAGAGGGGUCAGUGCUGGAUGCUUAAUAGAGGGAGGUAUGCCUGAUGGAGCAUGGGCACACAACUCCUGUAUCUCCUUAGGCCUUAUUGCGGCUUCUUUAGAGUAGUUGAUUUACAUUUUCAGGAUCCUUAGAUGAAUUUUGUUAUUUAUUACUUGGAAUCUUUGGAUUGGACAUUUUUCUAGGUGUGCAGUCACUUUGAACUUCAAUCUACUCCUAAUAAGCUUCAAGAGUUUCAAUU